CUGCUUUCCGGCAGCGCUCUGAUGCCUCGGCUCAUCUGCCCGCUGCUACUUCUGCUGCAAACGUCCCUCGGCUCAAGAAUACCGCCUCCGGCCGUGCCACAGACCGUGCUCGUCACCGGCGGCGUCGGCUACAUCGGCAGCCACACCGUGCUCGAGCUGCUGUCGGCCGGCCACGAGGUUGUUGUGGUGGACAACCUGUGCAACUCGAACCUGGAGUGCCUCCGGAGAGUGCAGGAGCUGGCCGGCCGCGACGUCGCCUUCCACGAGGUCGACCUGCGCGACGCGGACGCGCUGAGUGCGGUCUUUGCGCAGCACAAGCCGACGGCGGUCGUGCACUUCGCCGGGCUCAAGGCGGUCGGCGAGUCAGUGGCCGAGCCCCUGCUCUACUACCAGGUCAACGUGCAGGGCACGCUCAACCUCGUGCAGGCGAUGCUUCAGCAGGGCUGCACCGACCUCGUCUUCUCGUCGUCCGCCACCGUGUACGGCGACCCCGCCUCGGUCCCGGUGGACGAGUCCUUCCCCGCCGGCCGCUGCACCAACCCGUACGGGUUCUCAAAGUUCUUCAUCGAGCAGAUCUUGCGCGACGUCUCCACCGCCAACCCGCAGCUCAACGUCGCCUUGCUUCGCUACUUCAACCCCGUCGGCGCCCACCCGUCCGGCCGCAUCGGCGAGGACCCGCAGGGCAUCCCGAACAACCUGAUGCCCUUCCUGCAGCAAGUCGCCGUCGGCAAGCGGCCGCGCCUCUCCGUCUUCGGUGACGAUUACCCGACGGCCGACGGCACUGGCGUGCGGGACUACAUCCACGUGGUCGACCUGGCCAAGGGGCACACCGCCGCCCUGCUCCGGCUGCAGCAGGGCAGCGGCUGCGUCACGUACAACCUCGGCACGGGCGUCGGCUACUCGGUGCUCGACAUGGUGCGGGCCUUCUCCGCCGCCUGCGGGCACGACCUCCCUUACGAGAUUGCGCCGCGCAGGCCGGGCGACGUCGCGGUCGUGUACUCGGACGCGUCCCUCGCGGCGGCCGAACUGGGGUGGAAGGCGGAGCUCGGCCUCGAGGAGAUGUGCUCCGACACGUGGCGGUGGAUCAGCGCCAACCCGAACGGCUUCAGCUCCUCCUAGAGGCGAACCCGCGCUCGGAUGCCUCAGGGCACGCGCUCCCUCGCCACGACCUGGCCACGACAGUGCGGUGUGGCGAGCGUCGCUCGAGAACGAGAUUUUUGCAUGGAGAGUCGAGGGAGAGUGGUGUCUGUUCUGCGGGGCGCGGGGCGGCGGCGGGCGCUCUCUCGGAUCUCGCGCGCUCGACUGCUGCAGGGCCGCCGCCGCACUGCGGCGCAGGUACAGACUGCGGGUUACAGUGAUGUGCAUACUCUACACCGUAUUGCGGCUGUGCAUUUUUUAGCCAUUACAUAGAACAUACUUACGCGUU